GAAUGUGCCAUUUGCUGCAAUCGCUUCUACAAACCCACCACGACGCCAUGCGGUCACACAUUUUGUCGACCAUGUCUGCUACGCUCGGUAGAUCAUCAACGCAGCUGUCCAUUUUGUCGCCAACCGGUAAAGACGGUGGAUAAACCUUGUCAGAUGCUUUGCGAUUGGCUGGGUCUUUUCUUUGAUGAUGAUCAGGAUCGUGAAAUGGACAUGCAAUUGGAGCAAGAUGAGGACACUGUGCCCAUUCUCAUUGGAUCAUUGGCAUUUCCUCAUGUGCGUUGCGUCAUUCAUAUAUUUGAACCACGGUAUCGUCUCAUGUUACGAAGAGUCAUGCAAUCAUGCCGUCGCCGAUUUGCCAUGUGUCUUGUUCAGCGAUCGUCGGCGGGCGAUGGGGAACCGUUUGCAGAGUAUGGUACCAUGUUGGAAUUAACUCAUGUGCAGACUUUGGUGGAUGGACGAUCGAUUGUAGAAGCGAUUGGAUCUCAUCGCUUUCGGAUCAGUUCACAUAGUGUUGUGGAUGGUUAUCAUGUGGGUCAAGUGGAACGCAUUGAUGAUAUACCCGAGGAACAAGAACAGGCUCGAGAGAGACAGCAGAUUUUGAGUGCUAGUGCGGCCAGAGCAAGGCAACAACAACAGCAGCAACAACAGCAACAGCAAGUGCAACAUCGUCCUUAUAUGACUGGUAUGCUAGGUACGCAUCGACCUUCAUGGGCUGCUCAAGCUCAUCCACAGACCCAGAAUCCGACGGUUCGAUCGCCUUGGUUACAGAUGCAUGUCCAAGGCCUCAGUUACCAGCAAGCGAAACCCAAGUCGACCGCCCUCGCUUCCUCGUCGGCGUCGGCGUUGGCGAAACCAGCUCAAUCUCAAGUGGCCUCAUCAUCGACCGUCAACAGAGAGGAACAAAGCACUGAUGAUUUGCUGGAUGAUUUGGCUUCGUUCAUUGAUCGCUUGAUUUCCCAGCAGAUACCCAAUACAAACGAUCGGUUCUCGCAAUGGUUGGCUGCCAUGGGCGAUCCGCCCAUUUCACGUGGUCCUCGUCGUGAUCGGGUGAUUCUGACCUGGUGGAUUGCUAAUAUGAUGCCUUUGGAUGAAAACGAGAAACUCAAGUUACUUUCCAUGCGUUCCCUGCGUGAAAGAGUGUUGACCAUCACAGCGUGGGUGGAUCGUUUUCAAGAUCAAUGGGCCUAUUUUUUCAACAGCCAAUCG